AUGGCCAAAUCUCGCAGAAAUAGAGGCCACGCAGCCCGCAAAGACCCCAUCUCAAAACCUAUCAAGCCUCCUUCGGACCCAGAACUCGCAGCCCUGCGAGAGACAAAGAUUCUUCCCGUCAUCAACGACCUCAAGAGUGCUGACCCCAAGUCGCGCUCUGCUGCUGCCUCGGCCAUCUCAAACAUUAUCCAGGAUGAGAAGUGUCGCAAGUUGCUCUUGCGAGAGCAGAUCGUGCACACCAUCACCACCCAGACUCUUACUGAUGCUGCGCUCGACAGCCGUGCUGCUGGUUGGGGCAUCCUGAGGGUUCUUGCCCAGGAGGAGGAGCCUGAUUUCUGUAUUCAUCUCUACCGUCUUGAUAUUCUCACUGCCAUUGAAUUUGCUACCAAGUCAAUCACAGAGAUUCUAUUGUCCAAGGAUCUGGAAUUCCAAAAACGUUCAAAGUCUGAACAAUCUACGAUUCUAAGCAUCGUCUCGUCUCUCAUCUCCCUUCUCACUGCCCUCGCCGAGGCUCAGGAUGAGAUCCUUGAGGCCAUCUCUCGUAACGCUACCAUCACCCGCCUUAUGCUCCUUCUUACUUCGGACGAGCUUGCCAGCAACCCUGACAUUGUCUCGUUGAGAAGUGAUGCUCUUGCUUGCCUCAUGAUUCUUUGCGAGGAUAACGAGCAGCUCUCUGACAAGGUUAUCCACACAAAGGAGCACCGAACUUAUGGCACUCUGCUGUCACUGCGUAAAACAGCCAAUGGCGACGGUGUCCUCGCCUGUGGUGUUCUUCACAACCUUUUUGCCUCUCUCGAGGAUCAGGAUAUCGCCCUCGGUGCUGACAACUCCCUUCUUAUUCCCACCCUCUCACAAGCUCUCAAGGCUUAUGAGCCAGGUCAAAAGUCCGACGCCGUGGGAUGGGCCAACCCUUUCGAGUACCAACAGCUCGCCCUCGAAAUUCUCGCGUCCAUCGGAACAACACUCAACACAGCAGCUGAGGCCGAGCCCCAGACAGAAGACAAGCCCGAGGCCAAGGAUGAUGAGGAGAUGGCCGAUGCUGACGAAGAAAUCUCCGACGGCGAGGAAGAUGGAGGUGACGAGGACGAGGAGGAGAUGGACGACGAUGAGCUUGAGGCUGAUAUGGAGUUGGUCACUGGCGCCGAUAGAAAUGAGGAGGACAGCAACAUCGAUGACCUUCCCAUUCUCAAGACUCUCAUCGACAACGCCCUCCCCGAACUCAUCCGCAUAGCCUCUCUCUCCCCCGUUGACGAUGCCUCAGUUCGUCUGCAAAGCCACGCUCUGUCUGCCCUCAACAACAUCGCUUGGUCAGUCUCUCUCAUCGACUUCUCUGACGCCCACAACGCCCCUAUCCAAAACGCCUGGGAUCCCGUAGGUCGUGCUCUCUGGGCCCAGGUCAUCGCCCCUAUCUUGGCCACUGAUACGGCCGAUCUUGACCUUGCAACCCACGUUACCAGCCUUGCCUGGGGCGUCGCACGCUCUCUUCGAGGUCGACCCAACACACCCUUUACCGAGGAGCACCGCCGCUUCAUCGCUCUAUACCAAGCCACAAAGGGCUCGCCCGCCGCACAGAAUUUGGAGGAUCCCUUCCAAUCUCUCAGCGUCAAGUGCAUUGGUGUCCUCGGACAACUCGCUCUCGAGCCCGCGCCCGUUGGCCGAAACCGCGACAUUGGUAUUUUCUUGAUCACUCUCCUCGCUGGUCUGCCUGAAACACCUACUGCUGAUGCAGUCGAAGCUCUCAACCAGAUUUUCGACAUUUACGCCGAUGAGAGCUACUCUUACGAGAAGGAAGUUUUCUGGAAGAACGACUUCUUGAAGCACCUAGACGAUGCCCUUCCCAAGGUGCGCUCCAUGGUAAAGGCCAUCGACAAGCGUGCCGGCAGUGAGUUACGCUUGCGUGCUGAUGAGGCCGUGUUGAACUUGAAUCGUUUCUUGACUUAUAAGCAAAAGAACAAGCCAGAGGCGUAA